GCUUAAGAUUUUGAAAACUCCUCCACCUACUCUUCUCUCCUUCAUCGUCUAUGUUUUCAUCUACCGCUACUACAGGGACUCAAACUCAGUCACGAGACCUUCCUUGGCGGGAAUCUGGCGAGACCUUCCUUGCUCUCAAACUUCGUCACGUCGACCGCAUCUAUGGCGAUGCACUGAAUGCCACCCCACGGCCCUCUUCGAGAUGCGGCUGCAGCGGGAUGCCGCUAGGGUUAAAGCUCUCUCCAAGGCCGCCACCAACGCCACCGUCUCCCGCCGCGCUAGCAGCCGCGGAGCUGACUUCAGCAACUCCGUCAUCCUCGAGCUCUCUCAGGACAUCACCUGCAACCACCUGCCCAGGAAUACUUCUGACCAUAACCCACUUUUAAUCAAGCUCAGCAACCUCCAUUUUGCUGGCCCCAAACCCUUCAGAUAUAUCAAUUGUUGGAGCACUCACAACAGCUUCAUGUCUACUGUCAGCAAUAACUGGGGCCCCUAUGUAGGUGGAGGGAUGAGAGGACUGGGUUACAAACUGAAAAACCUAGGACACAUCCUCCACUCAUGGAACAAGAACACUUUUGGUAACAUAUUCAACAGGGAUGAGAUCCAUGAAGAAAUCCUCAACUACUACAACACCCUUUUCAUGUAUAAAGAAUCCCACAAUGACAGAUUCACUGCUAAUGUUCCUAACCUUAUCACUCAGAUGGACAACAGCAGCCUCACCUCCCUUCCAGAUGAAAAUGAAGUAAAAGAAGCUGUUUGGUCACUAUCAGCAGACAGUGCUGCUGGACCUGAUGGGUUUAAUGGUCAUUUCUAUAAAACUUGUUGGGAGCAAAUCAAAGUGGACUGCACAAAAGCUGUUCAGGAGUUUUUCUUGGGGAUCCCUAUCCCCAAAAUAUGUACCCAGACAACUAUCAUCCUAAUCCCAAAGAAGGAAAACUCUCAAUUCUGUGAGGACUAUAGACCUAUUUGCUUGUCCAAUUUCUGCUGCAAGAUUUUCUCCAAAAUCCUCUCCCAAAGAUUGAGCUCUAUUCUUCCCAGAUUGAUCUCACCUGAACAAGGGGGGUUUGUAAAAGGAAGGGUGAUCCAUGACCAGGUCCUCCUCACACAAGAACUUUUCCAUGGCCUUGACUACAAAUCUAGGGGGGGGAGGGGAACCAUCAAGAAGGAAACUACUUCUGGAGCCCUCUCCCCAUACUAUCUUGGCAGGCACUACACCCCUAUAACCCGCCUUGCCUUUGCUGAUGACCUGAUACUCUUCACUAAGGGAGAUUCCCCUACUGUCACUAGCAUCAAAUUAUUACUUUCAGACUAUGAGGACUGCUCUGGUCAACAAAUCAACCGGGGAAAAUGCUCUUUUUACAUCCCUAAGAAGACCCCCCUGGCUACCCAAAGAAGAAUUCAAACCAUCCUCGGAAUGAACAAAGGCAGCCUCCCCUUCAAAUACCUGGGCAUUCAAAUCCAUCAUGGAAUCAACAGAAAACCCUAUUGCAAUGACAUCCUUAACUUGUUUGACACUAAACUUAAAGGAUGGUACCAUAAGCUGCUCAGUCAGAGUGGAAGGUUAACCCUCAUCAAGCAUGUCCUUAACACCAUGCCACUGCAUAUGUUGGGCUGCAGUAAACUUCCUAAGAGCAUCAUCAAAUGUCUCCAUUCCAAAAUGAAUAAUUUUCUUUGGGGCCAUGACAAAGACAACAAGAAGUACCACUUGUCCUCUUGGGAGAAGCUAUGCCUUCCUAAGGAUGAGGGUGGGUUGGGAAUCACUGAUCUCAACACUCUGCAACUAGCCUAUGGUUUCAAAAUGUGGUGGACAUAUACUCAGAACAACUCCCUUUGGGCAAACUUCAUGAGGGCUAGAUACCCUAGGGGACUCUCCAUAGCCCCAAAAAUCAUUGACUCAGUCUACUGGAAAAGGCUUUAUGAGGUCAAUAGUAUGGCAGAUAACCACUUGAGCAUUGACACCCAGGGCAGAAUUCUAUGGCAUAAUGGAGAGGAAUACCAGCCAUGGAAUCCUAACCUACUUGACAAAUUGGUGGAAACAAGGUGCAUUGCAAAAGCACAACAAAGCACUCCUCAAUAUCAUUCCAGGAAUCAUAACCCAUGAGAUAUGGAAAGAAAGAAACAGGAGGAUC